AUGACUCAACGUAAACAAGAUCGAUUGGAAGAAAUCGCUCAACGCAAACAAAAUCGAUUGGAAGAAAUCGCUCAACGCAAACAAAAUCGAUUGGAAGAUAUAGCUCAACGCAAACAAGAUCGGUUGGAAGCAAUAAACCAACGAAGUGAGGAUCGAUUAGCAGCAAUAUAUCAGCGAAGGCAGGAGCGUCUUAGAUAUAAACCAGCAACUGGCCUCGAGCGAGAAUAUGACGAGCCUCCCACGACAUCUCUGGGUGUUUUUGAUGGAAUUAAUACUGGUUCGCUAUCUUAUUCUGCUCAAAAAAGUGAACCAUUUUUGCCAACAAGAUUGAACAUUUGCUCUCAUCUGUCGUUGGCCCGUGAAUUCACUGCAUCGCUAAUGUGGCCUUCUACUAUAUUUGAUACAAACUUUGACCGAUGUUACUGUUCUUCAUGUUACAACUAUAAAUGGAAAAAUGUCGUGCAUGCUGGUGGUUGGCCCUAUGUUAUACCGCGGGACUGGGUUCGUCUUGGUCUCAAGGUCGAUUCUGUAACAGCAGAAUUGAACGACAUUUGGAAUUGUUGGCGAGUGACUUAUCAUGGAACAUCGAAAGAAGCGGCAAUAUCUAUUAUAAAAAGCCGUCAAUUUAGUAUUCCCGGCGAUCAACUGCUUGACGGUUCAUUUCUUGCUAUUCGUCCUGGACAUAUUCCACGAAAACGGCACGUUUAUUCCUCACCAACUAUAGCUUAUUCAAGCCUUCCUGUUUAUUGUCCCGUUUAUGACUUCGCUACCGAUACAAACGAACGGUAUCGUGUUAAAAUGGUUCUUGAAUGCCGACAAGAUCCAAAAUUAAUGCAUAUUCAAGGUGAAACGGUCGGAAGUGGUUCAACAAGAAUAUGUCCCUAUAUUACGAAUGACGAAAUUGAAUAUUUCACUGAAGCCCGAGCUUCACUUGUGGCUUACGGUUUACUACUUCACUUUGAAUAG